GGGUUUCCGUGGAGACAGCGGGGCCUACCGGGCCAUGGAGCCGCGACUGGUGGGCCCCGGGCCCUACCGGGCAACCCGGCUGUGGAAUGAGACCAUUGAACUCUUUCGUGAAGGGAUGCCAUUACGGAGGCAUCGUAGUCUUUUCAAAAACUAUGAGUGUUGCUUCAAAGCCUCCGAGGCAGUAGACUGGUUACAUGAACUGCUCAGAUGUAACCAAAACUUUGGCCCAGAAGUGACACGUAAUCAAACAAUUCAGCUACUUAAAAAAUUUCUGAAGAAUCAUGUUGUUGAAGAUAUCAAAGGAAGAUGGGGCAAGGAAGACUUUGAGGACGACAAUCAUUUAUAUAGAUUUCCUCCUUCCUCACCACUGAAACCAUAUCCAACAAGGCCUCCAUAUAGAAAGGAAGUAAUUAAAUUUCCAGACUGGAAUGUUCCUGAAGCAGGCACUUCCCAAGAACACAUCCCAGUGAAGCCUCUCAUGAUGAAUUCUGAAAUGUGGUUCAAACGUCACAGUAUAGCAAUAGGAGAAGUACCAGCUUGCAGACUUGUGCACCGCCAAGAGUUAACACAGGCAGAUAUAGAAGAGAUAUGGAAAUCCAUGACGCUAUCACAUUUGCAAAAAGUUUUGGGCCUGGAUUCUCUGGAUGAAGUAUUGGAUACAAAACUUGUGAACCCAAAGCAUGUCAUCCACAAUGUGUACAAUGUCAAUAAACAGGGCAUCGUCAUUUUGGAAGACAAAACAAAAGAGCUACCUCAUUGGGUACUGUCAGCAAUGAAGUGUCUAGCAAAUUGGCCCAGUUGUUCAGAUUUGAAGCAACCUACAUACAUAGGAUUUGAAAGAGAUGUCUUCAAAACGAUAGCAGACUACUAUGGCCAGAUGAAGGAACCUCUACUCACAUUUCAUCUUUUUGAUGUUUUCGUCAGUGUGUUAGGUCUGCUGCAGAAAAACAAAAAGGCCAUUGAAGCACUUCGGGUUUCCUGUCUUCUGCUGCCACCAGAAAAUCGGAAAAAGCUGCAACUACUGAUGAAGAUGAUGGCAAGGAUCAGCCUCAACAAAGAUCUGCCAGCUCUUUGUGACACAGCUGGGACCAGAACGCUAAUGGUUCAAGCGUUUUCUCAUUGCAUCCUGUGCUCUAGAGAUGAAGUGGAUUUGGAUGAACUGCUUGCUGCUAAACUAGUAAUGUUCCUGAUGGACAAUUGCCAAGAGAUCUUGAAUGUUCCCUCCUCCUUACAGAGGGUCAUAGAGGAGCAUGUAGUACAUCUCCGAAGAGUCCAGAUAAAAUAUGCAGACGCUGAUACUGAUACAACUCUUCCUGCUCCGUCGUUUUGUCGCCAAAUCAGUACAGAUGAAUUUGAAUACCAAAGAGCAAAUGGCUCUCAAGAACCACUGGCAGCUCUGUUGGAAGAAAUUACAAUGAAUAAAGAAAUAUCUGUCAAAGAGAAAAAGAAGAAGCUGAAGCAGUUUCAGAAAUCCUACCCUGAAGUUUAUAAAGAACGAUUUCCUACUCCUGAAAGUGAGGCAGUGCUGUUUCCAGAAAAGAAUAAACAGAAACCACAACUGCUGAUGUGGGCAUUGAAAAAGCCUUUUCAACCAUUUCAAAGAACCAGAAGCUUUCGAAUGUAACAUUUUCAGGGUCAUUAGUGAACUGUAUCUCAGUAUAUUAGUGAUAGGAUAGAUUUUGUGCAAAUGGAACCUAAACAGCAUUUAAUUACUGGAAAAACUUUAACUACUGAAACAGUGGGAAAAGGUUGUAAUGGCAAAACGAUUUGGAGGGGAUGUUAUAUUGAACCAUUAUCAGUAUUUUUGUCACUGGCUAUUUUUAAUGAUUUGUUAUUUUUAAGUACAAGAUGGGUAAUCAUUAUGAAUGAUAUGGAAAAAAAAUUCUUUGCUUUUAUACUUCUAGUUGUCAUUUUGAGUCUUAGAUGUAUUUUAUGUGUAUAUUUCACUGUCUUGUUUGUCACUGGUCAACAGCAUUUUUCCUGAAAAGAAGACUGUAUUAUAUUUGUUUAUAGCUGGCACGCCUGAGGGAUUAAAACAUUGUACAUACUUGA